AUGAUGAAUGCAUUGGAGAGACACACAUGCCAACCGUGCGAGAUGGUGGCCGCCUGCGGGCCGUUGGCCAGCAGAAGCGAGCUGUAUGACAGGCUGCGGAUGGAGCUGGAGGAGACCCUUCUCUUUGUCAAGGACUGCAGUGUCCCUGUGCACUCCCACACCAGAAACUCCAUUUUCAUUUCGAGACAGAUCCUCUCAGACUGCCUCGAGGUGCUGAUGGAGCUGGGCCCCUGGGGUGCGGACCAGGUGGCAGGGCUGAGAGUGCAGGAGCUGCAGGAGCGCCUGGAGCAGGAGCAGGUGGAGCUGCACCGCAAGUUCCUGCUCCUGGCCGACACCUGCCUGAGGCAGGUGCACGCCCUCUGCGGAAGGCACUUCGCCACCGCCGCCAACCCCCUGGACCCGAAGUUCCUGACGCCCAAGGCCACCAUGCUGCUGGAGAUCCUGCGCCAGUACAGGCCCCGGGAGCGGCAGCAGUUCGAGAGCGUCCUGCGCAGCUGUCAGCAGAACCAGGGGGGCUACGUGUCUUGGGGCGAUUUCGAGGAAGACGAUGAGGAAGAUGAAGAGAUUGAGGAGGAGAAACCAGAAACAAACUUCCAGGCUCCCUGCACCAACUUCUUGUGCGGGAUCAUUUUUGUGGAGCAGCGAUACACCGCCGUUGCCCUGAAUAGAUUGAUAAAGGAAGCCAGCAAACAGGACCCGGAGUUGGCUUAUAUCAGCAGCAAUUUCAUUACUGGAUACAGCACUGAGACAGACCAGCCCCAAGACAACCAAAUGGAGGCUGAGUUCAGGAAACAGGAAGAGGUCCUUAGGAAAUUUCGAGCCCAUGAGACCAACCUGCUCAUUGCAACCAAUUGGGUAGAGAGUGUGGCUCUCCCGGAAUGCAAUUUGGUGGUUAGUUUUGAUUUGCCCACAGAGUAUCAGUCUUACCUUCAGUCCAAGGGAAGAGCCAGGGCCCCGAUCUCUAAUUACAUCAUGCUCGCAGAUAUGGACAGGGUAAAAAGCUUCGAAGAAGACCUUAGAACUUACAAGGCAAUUGAACAGAUCUUGAGCGACAAAUCCUCCAAGUUGGUGGACUCUCGUGAGACCAACGUUGAGCCUCUUGUGGACGAUGACAAUGUUAUCCCACCAUAUGUUCUCAGGCCGGAUGACAGAGGCCCCAGGGUCACCAUCAAUACGGACAUUGGACACACCAAACGGGCCCUUGCGGUCAGUCUCUGUUCUUUAGGUGAGCUGGAUGACCACUUGAUGCUGGUGGGGGAAGAGAUGGUGAAAUAUGAAGAAGAGCUUGAUUUGCAUGAUGAAGAAGAAACCAGCAUUUGGGGAAGACCAGGUUCCAGAAAACGGAGGCAGUGCUACCCAAAAGCAAUUCCCGAGUGUCUUCGAGAUAGCUACCCUCAGCCCGAGCGGCCCUGCUACCUGUAUGUGAUUGGCAUGGCUCUGACGACACCUUUGCCAGAUGAGUUCAACUUCAAGAGGAGGAAGCUCUUCCCGCCCGAGGAUACCACCAGAUGCUUUGGCAUACUGACAGCCAAACCCAUCCCUCAGAUCCCUCACUUCCCUGUGUACACCCGUUCGGGCGAGGUCACCAUAUCCAUAGAGCUAAAGAAGUCUGGCUUCACCUUGUCUAUCCAAAUGCGUGAGCUGAUUUCGAGACUCCACCAGUAUAUCUUCUCGCACAUUCUGCGCCUUGAAAAACCAGCCCUCCAAUUUAAGCCAACGGAUGCUGACUCGGCAUACUGCAUUCUACCUCUCAACAUCGUUAAUGACUCCAGCACUUUAGACAUUGACUUUAAAUUCAUGGAAGAAAUUGAGGAAUCUGAAGCUCGCCUGGGCAUUCCUAGUACAAAGUAUUCAAAAGAAACGCCCUUUGUGUUCAAAUUAGAAGAUUACCAGGAUGCCAUUGUCAUUCCAAGGUACCGCAAUUUUGAUCAGCCCCAUCGGUUUUACGUCGAAGACGUGCACACUGAUCUCUCCCCACUCAGCAAAUUUCCUUCCCCUGAAUAUGAGACAUUCGCCGAGUAUUAUAAAACAAAAUACAACCUGGAUCUGACCAGUCUCAGCCAGCCCCUGCUGGGCGUGGACCACAUAUCUUCCCGACUAAAUCUUCUGAAGCCUCGCCAUUGGAAUCAGAAGGGGGAGGCCCUUCCUCUAAGCAAUGCUGAGAAGAGAAAAGCCCAAAACGAAAGCGUGCAGAAUAAGCAGUUCCUGGUUCCGGAGCUCUGUGCUAUCCACCCCAUCCCUGCAUCGCUCUGGAGGAAAGCCUUGUGUCUCCCCAGCAUCCUGUACCGCUUCCACUGCCUUCUCUCCGCAGAGGAGCUGAGGGCCCAGAUGGCCCGUGACACCGGCCUGGGCAUCAGGUCCCUGCCCGCGGAUUUUGGCUACCCAAACUUAGACUUCGGGUGGACAAACUCCAGAGGCAGCAAAUCCUUCAUCUCGAUUUCUAAUUCUUCAGCCGAAAAUGACAAUCCAUGUCAGCACAGUGUAAUGGUAGGCCCUGGUCAUGCUGCACAUCAAGGUACUAGUAAGAGCCCCCCUCCCAAGCACCACCACCAAAUGUCUGUAAGCUGCAGAGCGCCCCUCCUCGAGCCACUGGGUAAGACCCUCACCAACGCCCUGAGUGACCUCAUCACAAUGAAAGGUCUCUCUUACAGCAAACCUCUUGCCAGCGGCGGCCACAAGUUAGCAGACAGAGACUUUUGCCAAGAGCAUCAGCCGAGUGACCGCCCUCAGGAAGUCUCUGUACAACCACCUACCUCAUAUCCCAUUCUGAGUUCAGACCACUCUGAGAACCAGCUCAAGCCCAGUGAAGACUGUGCCCCACCUGGUCAAAAGCACCUGGAGGGAAAUGCUAACCAAUCCACCUCAGAUGGGAGCCCCCUACCAGGCGUCCCGGGGCCCUGCAGCACCCCGAGGGGCAGGGUAGAUUCUGAGCAGGGUCCCCCCGCACUUAGGUAUUCCUCAACGACCCUCGGCCCCAAACCUGGGCUCAUUCUCCAGGCUCUGACCCUGUCCAAUGCCAGCGAUGGGUUUAACCUGGAGCGGCUGGAGAUGCUGGGCGACUCCUUCCUGAAGCACGCCACCACCACCUACCUGUUCUGCACUUACCCUGAGGCUCCAGAGGGCCACCUCUCCUACAUGAGGGGCAAAAAGGUCAGCAACAGUAACCUUUCUCGCCUCGGGAAAAAGAAAGGCCUGCCCAGCCGCAUGGUGGUCUCCAUGUUUGACCCCCAUGUGAACUGGCUUCCCCCAGGCUACGUCGUCAACCAGGACAAAAGUCACGCAGACCAGUGGGACAAAGAUGACAUGAAAAGAGGCUACGUGCUGGAGAUGGGCAAGCCGGACAGGGACGCUAAGGAGGAAGAGGACGGGGAGGAGGCCCUGCUGUGGAGGACUCCCGAGGCCAACUACGAAGACGACGAGAGCUGCGGUGCUGAGGCAGCCAGGCUGUCCAUCUCCUAUGACCUGCAUACGGAGCAGUGCAUCACCGACAAGAGCAUCGCUGACUGCGUGGAGGCCCUGCUGGGCUGCUACCUGACCAGCUGCAGGGAGCGGGCAGCCCAGCUCUUCCUCUGCUCCCUGGGCCUGCAGGUGCUCCCACUGGACUCCCAUGCAGCCUCGAAGCCCCGGUCCCCCACCUCGGGCUUGCGGAGCCGGGAGUAUGGCUGCCUGCAGAUUCCCCCCAGGUGCAUGCUCAACCACCCAGAUACGAAUAAGACUCUGAACCACCUGAUCUCGGGCUUCAAGGCCUUUGAGGAAAGCAUCAACUUCAGGUUUAAGAACAAGGCAUACCUUCUCCAGGCGUUCACGCAUGCCUCCUGCCAUGUAAACACCAUCACUGAUUGUUACCAGCGCCUGGAAUUCCUGGGCGAUGCCAUCCUGGACUACCUCAUCACCAAGCACCUUUAUGAAGACCCGAGGCAGCACUCCCCGGGGGUCCUGACCGACCUGCGCUCCGCUCUGGUCAACAACACCGUCUUUGCCUCGCUGGCUGUCAAGUACGACUUCCACAAGUACUUCCAGGCUGCCUCGCCCACGCUCGUCGACGUCAUCCAUGGCUUCGUGCAGUUCCAGCUGGAGGAGAACUGGCCGCAAGGGAUGGACUCCGAGCUCAGGAGACUUCAGGAGGACCAAGAGAAGGAAGAGGGCAUUCAAGUCCCCAAGGCCAUGGGGGACAUUUUUGAGUCACUCGCCGGUGCCAUCUAUAUGGAUAGUGGCAUGUCGCUAGAGACGGUGUGGAAGGUGUACUACCCCAUGAUGCGACCACUGAUAGAGAAAUUCUCCACAAAUGUGCCCCGUUCUCCUGUGCGAGAAUUGCUUGAAAUGGAGCCAGAAAUGGUCAAAUUUAGGUAA